UUGUGUCGUGGGCAUGUGACCGUCCUUUUUCCUUUCACUAGCAAGACCGUGUGCGUCGGUGAAACUAAGUCAGGAUAUCCAACAUCAAACAUGCCUCCCAAGGAAGAUAAAAAAGAUAAGAAAGAAAAGGAACACGUUAACAUAGUCGUCAUUGGCCAUGUCGACUCUGGUAAAUCUACCACCACUGGUCACUUGAUCUUCAAAUGUGGAGGUAUUGAUAAGCGUGCCAUUGAAAAGUUCGAAAAGGAGGCAACAGAGAUGGGCAAAGGGUCUUUCAAGUAUGCUUGGGUAUUGGACAAGCUCAAGGCUGAGCGUGAACGUGGUAUCACUAUCGACAUUGCCCUUUGGAAGUUUGAAACCACCAAGUACUAUGUUACGGUCAUUGAUGCCCCUGGCCAUCGUGAUUUCAUCAAAAACAUGAUCACUGGUACAUCCCAGGCUGACUGUGCUGUUCUUAUUGUGGCAUCUGGCACUGGUGAGUUUGAAGCUGGUAUUUCGAAGAAUGGUCAAACUCGUGAACAUGCUCUCUUGGCUUUCACCCUUGGAGUCAAGCAAAUGAUUGUUGCCUGCAACAAGAUGGACAAUACUGAGCCACCUUACAGUGAAGAUCGAUUCAAGGAAAUUGAAAAGGAAGUUUCCAACUACUUGAAGAAGAUUGGUUAUAAUCCCAAAAAGAUCCACUUUGUACCCAUAUCUGGAUGGCAUGGAGACAACAUGUUGGAGAAAUCUGAUAAUAUGAAAUGGUGGAGUGGAUUUGAAUUAUUUAACAAGUCUGCAGGAGCAAAAACUGGCUACACUCUCUUUGAUGCUCUGGAUGAUGUUAAUAUUCCAGAACGUCCUACAAAAAAGGCACUGCGUCUGCCUCUGCAGGAUGUAUACAAGAUUGGAGGUAUUGGAACAGUUCCAGUUGGACGUGUGGAAACUGGCAUUUUGAAGCCUGGCAUGCUGGUAACCUUUGCUCCAGUAAAUUUGACCACUGAAGUAAAAUCUGUUGAAAUGCAUCACCAAGCCUUAACUGAAGCACUUCCUGGUGACAAUGUUGGUUUCAAUGUCAAGAACUUGUCUGUUAAGGAUAUUAAGCGAGGUUUUGUUGCUGGAGAUUCCAAGAACGAUCCACCAAAAAACAUUGGCUUCUUCGAUGCUCAGGUCAUUGUUCUUAAUCAUCCUGGUGAGAUCCACAAUGGGUAUUCUCCAGUUCUGGAUUGCCACACGGCCCACAUUGCUUGCAAGUUUCAUGAGAUCAAAAAUAAGGGUGACAAGAGAUCAGGUAAAGUCCUGGAAGAAUUUCCAAAGUCAAUCAAAAGUGGUGAUGCUGCCCUGGUUACCCUUCAACCCUCUAAGGAUAUGUGUGUUGAAAAGUAUGCUAGUUAUGCACCUCUUGGUCGUUUUGCUGUCCGUGACAUGAAGCAAACAGUUGCUGUGGGUAUCAUCAAAGAUGUGACUGAAAAGGAAGUGAAAGGUAGACAGACAAAGGCAGCACAGAAGCAGCUGAAGUCUAAAAAGUAACUUAGUGCAACAGCAUUUUCAGUAAAGAACAUGAAAAGGACUGUUCUGUUCUUUCAACAUUAGUGGAAACACGAACCAUCUGCAAUUACUAAAAUCCAUGGUGGCUUUAAUUGAUAAAUAAAUGUUGCAGUUAAUACCAAUAAAAUGCUUAAAGUCUGA